AUGCCAUCGAACACUACCAAAUACGAGCCUGUUCCAACCCAGGAACUUCCAAUCACCUCUCUAGAGCAUCAUCGACAACGACAAUUCUUACAUCACAACAGAGGGGCUCUAUGGUGGAUUCUUCAGGCCCUCCUUUUGUCUGUAUCUACGAGUCUAUUGUUCGUUACCUGGAGAGUUGAGAAGCGUAAUCGGACUGAAAGGUUACUGGAAACGGCCACUUGGUCUCCUGCAUUAUUGGAUGUUGGAGAAUAUUCUGUUUCGAAGAAUUUCAAUGGCUCUCUUGAUUUCCCAUCGAUCUACCGCGGUAACCCAAGCCCUGAGCUUGACUUGGCCUGGAAACGGCUCACAAAAAUAAGCCCGAUAAAUGUAUCCGAAAGCGAUGUGUGGAAAGUCGGGAAGAACGCCACCGAAGCCGCGAGACUACCCAAGGAGUUCGGAGGUGGAUGGAUGGGGGGCAUUGAAGUUUUUUACCAACUUCAUUGUUUGAGUAUGCUCCGGCAGGGUUCGUAUCUCUAUAUAGACUACUAUAGAGAGGAAAAUCCGGACUAUUGGAACGCAACACACACUCCAAUGCAUCUUGAUCAUUGCAUUGAGAUGAUCAGACAGAGUCUCAUGUGCACUGCUGACCUCGGUCUCAUGACGUAUAAUUUCGUCGAGUUUAGAGCAGAGGCUUGGCCAGAUUUCAAUACCCUUCACAAAUGUAGGGACUUUGACAAGGUACAUGAUUGGAUGUAUGAAAGAGCUCUCCACAAGCCUAAAACAGCAGACACAAAUUUCAUCACAAAAACUGCCGGCUCAUUUGUUUUGCCAACGCCUCCUUGA